AUGGGCAGCGGCAAGGUCCACCAGGAGCCCAUCGUGCUCGUGGUCGAUUUCCACCAUGCAAGAGGCCCCGAGGUUGAGUUCUGGUUCUGCGACGAUGGCGUCGACCCCGUGAAGGAGAAUGACUGGGCAUUGCUGCCGUUCAUGGCGCUGUCGGACGGAGCUCAUGCGUCUACGGAAGACUUCUCCUACUUCACGCUGCAGUGCAAGGAGACCGAGAGUUCCCCGGCUACCUCUCUGUUCGGCAUAUCUUGCACCACCCAGCUCGACUCAGACAAGCUGAUCAAUCGCCCGGCGGAGGUGACGCGGUCGACGGUGCAGAAGGCGGUGGUGGCUAUCAUAAAUGAGCCUAGGCAUCUGGGCCAGCUGAGAGAGAAGCUGUCGAUUGUCACCUCCGCAUGGUUUGCUCAACGGGACUUUACCGAUACGGAUAUCCUCCAGAAAUUCUGGGAAGGAUUGAAGAUCAGUCUGAAAAACGAAGAUUUGCACAAAGACGAGCAUUUCGGCCUUUCUUUACGAGAGAUGAUACAUGAAUUCAAGCACCAGACUUUAGUUUUGUUUAAGUGUCUAUUAUUACAGCCAAAGAUGCUAUUUUUUGGUUCCAGAUGCGAGCGUUUAUGCAUGAUACAGUUCUCAUUAAUUUCAUUGAUACCCGGCCUUAUACAUAAUCUUCAGGACUGCGCUGAUCCUGCUUAUGACUCCUAUGCGCAGACGGUUGAGAAACCGAGCUCGCUUAAAACUAGCGAGAGAAGUUCACUCCUUGCAUAUAUGGGGCUUCCGCUUCAGAUAUUCGGCAAGGGGAGCAUGUUUGGACCGUAUACGCCGCUUCAACAGCUGGAUCUUCUCGCCGACUAUGGAACAAAAUCGUACCUUGUUGGCUCUACCAACUCGCUGCUCUUGCAGCAAAAGGAUCGAUACAGCGAUAUAUUAAUAAACCUUGACGAGGAUACGGUGAACAUAUCGUCUCCAUCGCUACGGGCGGCCCUAGCCCUUUCGGCUGCUGAUCGCCGAUGGAUCGAUUUCCUUACCCAGACAAUAAACGAUACCUGGGAUGAAGCACAUCCUGCACAGCCAAAGACCCAUGGAUACAUGGGAUCUGAAGAGUUCAUCCGUCUCCAGUUUGAAGAAUACCUUCUCGCUCUGAUCUCAUGCGUAAAAUACCACGAUGAGAUAAAGUCAGGAGGCGCAAUUAAACAGCCUGCCAAUGACAUCGAGGGUGAUCCCGCGCUGGAUUUUAACCUCGACUUCAUCGAACACUGGCGCCAUACCCCUAACUUUGCGCUCUUUGACAAACUCACUUCCGACGCCCUGCUCUUCUCCGUAGUCGAGCUACGCCACCCGUGUGCGGGCGGGCUCGGGAUUGAAGAUAUCCAACGGCGGCUGGCACAGCAAGUUGCAGAUCUCCAUCUCGACGAACGAGUGCGCGAAGGUCGCGAAACACUCAACAAGCAUCUUGCCACGGGUCAUCAGAAGGUCACCACCGCCUUCAACACUCUCUGGGCGGAGCUCGAAGCAAGACGCGAGGCUCAAAGAAAACGCAACGAAGAAAGGGCAAAGCAAGCUGCCGCAGCAUCCAUCACUGCGGCGCUGGAUACAAGCCAAGCAAACAACAACAAUGACAGCAGCAAGCAAGAAUCAGGCGGCCCUGGUUCUCCAACCCCAGCUUCACCCACCCCAUCGACAUCCGGGUGGUCCUUUGCUGCGCGAAAAGCUCCCGCUGUGGACCUGACGCAGGCCCAAGCCACUGUUUCCGCGGCUGGCCAGCGAGCUUCCGCGUACUUUAGUUCGUGGGGUUCGUGGGCGAACGAGCGUCGAAAGGAGUGGCAGACAAAGAACACGAGUACGGGCGCAAGUCCCGUUUCAUCUCCGACAGCCACCGGAACGCCCAGAGCGUCGAUGACGAGUACCUUUCACGAGAGACGAUCGAUGGAGAGCUCGACGAAAGGCCCUGUUAUGACUGAGAUGAAGGAGAUGCAAGCCAAGGAAGACGUUGAUCGGCCGGGGUCGUCGAGGCCCCACAGCAGCGAUCAGUCAACGGAGAAGGACCAUAUAGAUGCCGUGUUGGAGAGUGACCCUCUAUCUUCGACUUCUCGUGAAGCAAGCAAGACUCCUGCAACCUCUUCCUCGGGAUAA